ACAUAUGAGAAUUAUAUGUUGGUCAACCUUCUACACGUGUUGGUGAGGCCAAUUUUGCUAUUUUAUGACCGAAGCCGGCAUAUAGUUAUUGAUAAUUGGUUGAAGAUGGCUAUGGAUCCAUUUGAUUUUCCUCCUGAGCUCUGUAGCAGACCACUUGCUUUGAUUGGUCUGACAGGCCUUGAUACAUUAAACAACGCUGUUCAUAGAACAAUUUGGGAUGCAUUCAGCAGUAACAGGAGGCAGUACAGGGCUCCAGUUCAAUUUAAACUCCUUGAUCCAGCUCAUGAAUUUCCACCCAUGAAACCAAAGAGAACUUCUUAUGAUUGGUACAUACCAAAAGGUAUUCUUAAACGAAAUUGGAUGAAUAAACAUUUGAAUGAAAUGCCAGCAGUCGUAGUAAUAUUCUAUGAAUUGGACUGGGAUGAUCCUUUCUGGAAUGAGAAGAGCAUUGAAUGCUCAUCCAGAGUGCAGUCUGUACGGGCAGCGCUGGAGGGUCGGAGCACUCGUAUUGCAGUGAUUCUUGUCCAGCAGACUGCUCCGCUGCCAACAGGGGAAGACAUGCUAGCAGCAGAAAGGGCUGCAGCAUUGUGCACCAGCUGUGAACUAAAUUCAAAGUCACUCUUUGUUCUUCCACACGGAGAUCAUUUACAAGGUUACACACACAGGUUAGAGAAUGCUUUUUAUGAUUUGGCUCAAAAUUAUUACCACCACGAGUCUCGGAACAUCAAGGCUCAUCGAGACCAUCUCAAUAAGACGACACACCAGUAUCUCUUUGUGCGGCAUUUAUUUAAAAUUGGCUUCCUCAAUGAGCUGAAGCAAGAUGGACAUACUGCUCUCAAGAAUUACACUCAGGCGUACAAUAAUGUAUUAGAGUUGCGUUUGGUGGAUACCAAUGCUCUGGAAGUAAAAACAGUAGCUGGAUUUAUAAACUAUAAGCUCUGCAAGCUGAUGUUUCAGUUAAGUCUUCCUCGUGAUGCUAUCGCUCAGUUCCGUAGACACACUGACCUUUUCAAAAACAGGAUUGGACCAAAAAAUUUGGUCUUUGAACAUCAUGCGUGGAUGUCAAAACAGUUUUGUGUAUUUGGUGAUAUUUUUGAUGAAGCAAUUAGACAAGGUUUACCUGCCCUGCAAACACAACACCCAGGAUUCUACUAUCAACAAGCAGCUCAGCACGCUGCAGACAGAAAGGAGGCUUGUUUGGAACUCUGCAAGGCUGUGAACGUGUAUCCAGAACCUGAUCCGUUGAUUGGCAUGGAGCACCUGGAGUUCUAUGGCCAGAGAGCGUGGCGCCCAGGAAAAUUAAGUGCUGAACCCCCCGAUCCAGACAAAGAAAAGCUUGGUAUCGUAGCUCUGCAGUACCAGGAGAAACAUCUUGUGAAUCAUUCGAUGAUUAUUAUUGGUUUACUUGGAAGUGCAAUUACACAGUUCAAAACAUACCAUUGCCCACGCAUGAGGAGGCAUCUUGUGGUGCAGAUGGCCGAAGAGUAUUACAGUUCACGGGAUUAUGGCAAGGCAUUGACGUUGUUGACACACAUGUUGUGGGACUACCGCUGUGAAAAGUGGUGGCGAUUGAUUACCAACAUACUGACGCUGGCGCUCAACUGUGCUUACCUUUCUGCCAGCAUUCACGAUUACGUAGUUCUUUCAUUGGAGGCCCUCGGCACUUCAUCACAAUUCCCAUUUGAUCAGAAGACACGAAUAUUCAACAAUUUCAUGAAGGUAUUGAAGAAAACGGCACCGGAUCCAGAACCAGAUGUGCAUGAAGACGAAAUGAAGCAUGCAAGAGACCUGUGGAUUACUGCUGUUAAUGCAGAACCCCUGGAAAUUGCUGUAGAUAUGAGCAAUAUCACAGCGUGUGUCGAAAGUAAAGCUAGGUUUACCCAGCCACAGUAUAAGGCAGAUCAGUAUGUGGAGAUUGAAGUGUUCAUCAGAAGCAGCUGCCCCCAUCCGUUACAGUUCAGUCGGCUGUCAGUGACAGUGAACAACCCUAACUACAGUUCUGAGUUUGCUGUGUGUGAAAGCAGUUCCCAGGAAGCCCAUGCCUCAGGCAAUCCUCUUUUGUUAUUCCGCUGCAACGAAGUGCGAAGUUACGUGUGCCGAUUCCUGCCAGAUGUGCAGGAUGUUGGUAAGGAGAUCCAGAUUGGAUCCAUUCUGCUACAUCUGGGUUCAGACAAGGAGCGGAGUGCCAUCCUGCGGUUCAACGGAACUGGGGCAGAGACAGCAACAAGUGAUGGAAUGUGUCCAGAGUUACAGCAUUUCAGGCAAUCACCACAGAACAUGCCAGACUUUGAUAAUGUACGGCCACUUUCAACUACUGAGAUUAUUUCACGAGAUUCAAAACUGAAGUUGGACAUAUUACACGCCUUCCCUGCUCUUCUCGGUGAAUGGUACCCAAUCAGAAUUACCUUGGAAAAUGAAGAGAAUCACAAAAUUACAGGGGUUUCUGCAAAUAUUGUCCUGCAGACAAGUGGAGAUGAACCCAACAUUGAGCAAUCCACACAACUGUGUGAAGAUCUGACUGCAGAAUCAAUGCCAGUUCCCGUGAUACUGUCUGUGGGUGAUCUGGAGAAAGACUCGAGCACAGAGAAAUGUUUCUAUCUGCGUGCCCAUCGUGUUGGAAAUCGUAACAUUGCUGUCAAGGUGACUUAUACGAUGAUCAUAAAGAGAGAUUCUGAGAGAGUGGAGAAUUCAUGUGUGAAGGAGGAAAUGAUCAAUGUGCCUGUUGUGAAACCAUUUGACAUCACAGCGAAGUUCUUCUCGCUCAGGUUUGAACCUAUUGCAAAGACAUUUGCAAAGGAGCCUUUCAUUGUCAUGCCUUAUGUGAACUGCGCUUCUCCAUGUCCACUGAUUAUUGAGGAUUCUUCAGUUGAACUGUCACAGCAGGUGUGCUCUGUGGAUGCCAAACUUGAGUCACAGCUUCAAUCUCUGCGCCUCAAGAAUGGGGAAACAGGGGCGGAGGCUUUCUGUGUCUCCGUCAGUGAACCGAGUGACCAGCCUGUGGCCCUUGGGAUCUACACACUCAAAUGGAAGAGGGAAGGAAGCAACGGACUGGUGACCAGUAGCAGUGUUACAAUGCCAACAGUGCGUGUAGAAAGUGCACCACUAUAUGUGGAAAUGAUCCUUCCGGCACAUGGCUGGGUGCGCACGCCAAUGGCUGUAUCCUACCACAUCCAUAAUUAUACUACUCGUCUGCUACAGUUGGAACUCAGCAUGGAAGCAAGUGAUGCAUUCAUGUUUGCAGGGCAUAAGCAGCUGAAGUUGCGCAUCUUACCAGAAUCAGUCCACAAGAUGGAUUACAAUCUGUAUCCGCUUCUGUCUGGACUAGUUGCUCUGCCACGGUUGAGGCUCACCAUUUCUGAUGAAAUUGAUAUGCCCAUCAGGCAGCCUCAGCUGACCGAGUUGCUGGACCGAUCAUUACCAUCACAUGUAUUUGUUAUGCCUCAAGGUAAGGGAAAUCCAGUUGCCAUCAAGGUUGUGUCAUGAAGAGUAUAGUUCGACUUCCGUGAGUUGGCUUUUUGAAGGCUCAGAGAGAAUUUAGUUGAAGAAUUGAUUAACUAUUUGGUGAAGAUGUGGAGCUUUUUGAUGAUUUGUAUUUAGAAGAAGAUGCAGUUGAACUCUGAGAUGGAGAUGUUCAGUUUUGUUAAAACAUCUACACAAGGAACAUUCAACAAGUGCUGCUAGGUAGCUCAGUGCAGAUGAUUCAAUUCUUUCCCCUUCGUUGGAAAUUAUCAAUGAUGUAAUAUGGCCUGGUAUAGAUGAUGGACACCAGCGAUAAAAACAAAAUUAUAAAUAAGCUGAUAUUUCUGUAAAAUAUGUAUUAAUGAAAAAUCAAAGUGUAAAACAUUUCGUAUUUACUGUUUGACUAGACAAGGUCUAAAUCACUUUGGUAUUAUCAUAUUAGUGAAAGCACUAAUAAAAGUAUGGAUCUAUUCAGAUUGUCAAAUAACCAUCGUUAUUAAGAACCUCAAAAUAUAUGUUUUUGCUGUCUAGAUUCUUUUCAGGAUCAUUUGUUUACUAGCCAUGUUUUCCCUCGUGUCAGGAUCACACAUUAUUUGUAGAACUGAAGGAAAACUAGAGGAGAGUGUUGUUUUGAACAAAAUCAUGCAAAAUUUUCAUUAUUUUCUUCACAUGUAGGUUGUUACAUCAACGUUCCUUCUUAGCAGUGUGGAAGACAUGGCCAUAUCACUUGUUGGAGUAGCGGAAUCACAUGACAUUUAGGACACUGAUCUGUACAAGUGAAUUAUUGUCUGUAACUUAAAAUGUGCAUAUUUACUGGCAAUAUUGGAAGCUUUUCAGCACUGUCUUGACUUAUUCUACAUCAGUACCACAUCUGGUUUUGAUAUAGACCUACACAUGUAUAUUAAUAAUAAUAAUUUUGGUUCCUUGGUC